AUGGAUAAAGAAGAAACUUAUAAAUCCUCUGAAAAACUAGAAAUAUGUACAAGUUUUGAAAGUAUAGGAAUAGAUGAAGGGUUGUUAAGAGGAAUAUAUGCCUAUGGUUUUGACAGACCAUCAGCAAUACAACAAAGAGGUAUUAAGCCAAUAUUAAAUGGGCGAGAUGUUAUAUUACAAAGUCAAAGCGGAACAGGAAAAACAUGUGUUUUUGCUGUUGGAGCUUUAAAUUGUGUUAAUAGAAAUUUAAAUGAAACUCAAAUAAUUAUUUUAUCACCAACUCGAGAAUUAGCAGAGCAAACACAAAAAGUAUGUUUAGCAUUAGCAGAUUAUAUACAUGUAACUGUAUAUUGUUGUAUUGGGGGUAAAAAACUGAGUGAUGAUAUAAAAGCAUUAAAUAAUGGUGUUCAUAUUAUUAGUGGAACACCCGGAAGAAUAUAUCAUAUGUUAAAUUUAAGGCAUUUAAAAUGUAAAUAUAUAAAACAGCUAGUUAUUGAUGAAGCUGAUGAAAUGCUAAAUAAAGGAUUUAAAGAACAAGUUUAUGAUAUUUAUCGAUUUUUAUCACCUAAUACUCAAAUAGUUUUAUCUUCAGCUACUUUACCACACGAAGUGUUAGAAAUAACAAAUAAAUUUAUGCACAAUCCUGUUAAAAUAUUAGUAAAAAGAGAUGAAUUAACUUUAGAAGGUAUAAAACAAUUUUUUAUAUCAAUAGAAAAAGAACAAUGGAAAUAUGAAACGUUAGCUGAUUUAUAUGAAAGCUUAACUAUUACCCAAGCAGUAGUUUUUUGUAAUACUAAAUUAAAAGUAGAUUGGCUAGCUAAAAAAAUGCAAGAAUCUAAUUUCACUGUGUGCAAAAUGCAUGCAGGAAUGAGUCAAAGCGAAAGAGAUGAUAUUAUGUUAAAAUUUAGACAAUGUAAAUAUAGAGUUUUAAUAUCAACUGACAUAUGGGGAAGAGGAUUAGAUGUACAUGAAGUUUCGUUAGUUGUUAAUUAUGAUUUACCAAAUUCCAGAGAAUGUUAUAUUCAUAGAAUUGGAAGAAGUGGUAGAUUUGGAAGAAAAGGUGUUGCAAUUAAUUUUGUAAAAAAUGAUGAUAUUAAAAUUUUGAGGGAUAUAGAACAGUUUUAUUCUACACAAAUUGAUGAAAUGCCAAUGAAUAUUACUGAGUUAUUAUAA